CAAAAAGAAAGGAAGGUGUGGAAUUCCUAGUGAUAUCAGCAAUAUUUAGAAACAUUUCACGUAUGUCCUGUGGGGUGCAUACCUAAAGACAAGCCACGAUUGACUUUCUUUAUUGAUGGAAUAUUUAUGAAUUGUGCAAACAGCUGGAAUAUAACUGCAAGCAGGUAAAGUUUAGACCUCUGGAAGAAGUUGUUCAGUACCCCGGCGAUGUGAUUGAUGUUCACCAGGUUUAGCAGUUUUCACGAGUCACAAGGUGACCAAUAAUUGGCUUUGGGCUACUCCAGACAGAAGAAAGUGUGUUGUCAGCUGUUAAUGACCUCGCCCUGAAUCAUCCUUCUAUAGGAAAUCGUGAACGACCUUGACUGACCUCAGCCAUGGCGGCUGAGGAGCAACUCAGUCCCGAGGCUUCAGCAACUAUCUCGGCCUUUACUCUGAUGGAUUCCUCCAGACUGUCAACAUUUGUCAUCUCCAUACUACUCAUUGUAUACGGCAGUUUUAGAUCUUUGAAUAUCGACCAAGAAAAUCAAGAGAAGGAAAAAGUAAAGGACUCAUAUCCACCACCAGAAAAUGAAGGACAGCUGCAGACCAUUGAUUCUUGCCAAGCAGCAUUUCUGCCAAUUGGAGCCUCAGUGUCCCUCCUUGUCAUGUUUCUCUUCUUUGAUUCGCUACAGAUGGUGUUCGCCAUUUGUACUGCAGUGUUGGCGACAGUAGCAUUUGCCUUUCUCCUCUUACCAAUGUCGCAGUACCUCAUCAAACCAUGCUCCAGCGGACAAAAGAUAUCGUUUGGUGUGUGUGGCCGGUUCACUGCUGCAGAGAUACUCUCUUUCUGUUUGGCCUUUUUGAUAGUGUGCAUCUGGGUCCUCACUGGACAUUGGCUACUCAUGGACGCCCUUGGUAUGGGUCUGUGUGUGGCAUUUAUAGCCCUUGUACGAUUACCCAGUCUCAAGGUGUCUACCUUGCUCCUUGUUGGUCUCCUCAUCUAUGAUGUGUUCUGGGUGUUUUUUUCUUCAUACAUAUUUAGUGCCAAUGUUAUGGUUAAGGUAGCCACUCGACCUGCAGAAAAUCCGGUGGGAGUUCUUGCCAAAAGGCUGCAUCUGAAUGGUCUGAUGAGAGACGCCCCAAAACUCUCUUUGCCAGGAAAAUUAGUGUUUCCAAGUUUGCAGAAUUCUAGUCACUUUUCCAUGCUUGGGUUGGGAGAUAUUGUGAUGCCAGGUUUACUUUUGUGUUUUGUGCUGCGUUAUGAUGCGUAUAAGAAGUCACAGGUGGCCUCGAUUGAGGCAGGUGUACCUCCACCUUCCAACUACGUACAGAAACUCACAUAUUUCCAUUGUUCCCUUAUAGGUUAUUUCUUAGGUUUGUUAACAGCCACUGUGUCAUCAGAAGUGUUCAAGGCUGCUCAGCCAGCACUUCUUUACCUGGUACCGUUUACUUUGUUACCCCUGCUGACCAUGGCGUACCUUAAGGGAGAUCUUCGGCGGAUGUGGCAUGAACCUUUCAUCGUUCAAAUCCAACCCAAGAAUUUGGAUGUAUAGCAGUCCCUCUGUUGUGUCAAAUUACGAACAUCAAAAUUGGAAAACCCGAACAUCAUCAUGUUUGUUGUAUACAUACGUGUGUAUCAGAACUCGAUCUGUUCAUAUAAACUUAAACGUCAUUCAAGGACAAAGUGUUAAGUAUGAUAUCCAUGUGUCUCAUAGAAACAGAAUUCAGGACAAGAUCAUUUUUCUGAAGUGGGAAGGAUUUCUCAGAAACUAACUGUUGGAUACUUCUUUGUGAAAUCUUUGAUUUGAACACUACGAGAGUAUUGAAAUCCAUUAGCAUCGGAGUAUGUCAUGUCUGUUUUUUGUGUGUGUCACCCUGAGGACUCGGCAGUGAGAAUGACAGUGCUACCUUGGCUUUUACAAUUCUUUAGAUAAUUAAACAAUUAGCCAGGUUAUAUGUGCCAUGAAAAAGAGACAUACAGAGGAUUUAGAAAACAAGAGAUGAUUGGUGAAAUAUUUACCAAUGAUAUUCUGUAUUUAGAGUGAAGGAAUGUCAUGAUUGGAGGACAGCUGUGCAGGAAUAGUGUCGUUUUGGAGAGCAUGUCAGUGAUAUUGUAUUGUCCUUCCAAUGAGUGAUUCAUUUUUUCAGGAUAACCUGAAUACUGACAUUUUGUGGGUUAUAAACCUGUGAAAGGGACUGAAGACGCAUUGUUUAGAAAGGUAUAUUGUCUGGGUAGACAGGCCUCUCCGGGUGCUGAUUGGCUCAUCUGUAAAGAUAUUACUAAUGUGUAGCUAGAUUUCCUAAUCAUGGAUUUUCCUUUCAUUUUUUUUUUUUUUUUUUUUUGUGCGCUUAAAUGUGAUUUGUGUUUUAUCUUACCAAGCAAUGUUACUGAAAUCAUUUGAAAUAGCUGCCAUGGCCAGUGAAAUUUUUAUGGAUACAACUUUUAUAUUGGACUUAUGUUAAUUGUCAUGUGACAUUUGAGUACAUGUUACAUUAAAUACCCUGUACUGUAUAGCUUGUGAUUUCACUGAUCAAAAUUUUUGCAAUUUUUUUUUAAUAUUAAAACGAUCAAAUUACACUUCAACAAAUAAAAAUAAUGUGAUCAGGAUAAGAAAAUGACAUCUAAUAAGCACACCUUCUUAUUUUACAGAUUAAUUUUUUUGCAAUCACACUAAUGUACUGCAAAAUGUGAAAAUAUUAUCCCCAUGAAUAUGAUAAUUGGCUAUACAGUACUGUUAAUUGUAUUUUGUCUUUAACGUUAUGAUGAUACAUGCACUUGCGAUUUUAAUGAGUUGUAUUUUAAAAGGAAUUGUUUUACGUAAUUUUUAUAUGAAUCAAGGGUAAGGGAAAUAUUUUAUAAAUCAGAUAAAACUUAGAAAAAAAUUACAGCAUUUAGUUGAUAUAUUGAAGGUUUACUAUUUUAUCAUGGAAUGAGAGUAAAAAUAUACUUUAUAACCUGUUUUGAGUGGUCUUAGUACAAGUGUACUGAGUCAAGGGAGACAAUUCAGAGUGCAUUGUAUGAAUGUUCGGUGAAUGCACCAUUAAAUUUGAAUCAUUGACGAAAGACAUGUAUAUGAUUUAUAAGGAAUGAUAGGAUUUGACAGAUUUUUUUCAAUUUACACAUCAUAAUAUAUCUUAUAACCUAUUUUUCUGUUAUCUUUCCCUAUCCUACCAGUAUUACAGAUUUACUGAGUAUAAUUUAUAAAGUGCCCAUAUUGGUGUGUUUUGGAAAACCACAAAAUUUUAGCCUCACAAAAAUCCAGAAUUUUACUGUAUGGGUUUUUGGUAUGCAGUUUAGCACAGUCGGUUUGGCAUAAUUAUAGUAAUCAGGAAUUAAGUAAAAUAACAUUUCCAGUACAGUCCCCCUUUAUAAUUAGAAGGUAGGGUAUUGUUAACUCAAUUCAAAACUAGAUUGGAAUUUCGAAUUCGUUGUAAAUUUAUAUGAAGGGCAUGGAAAUGAUUCUGAAGAAACCAAGUGAUUGGAGAUUUCCUAAAAAGCAGAUUGCAAGAUGUACAAUGUUCCUAAACUUUUACAGAAUUAUGUAUCAAACUUAUAGUUGGUACUAGUAAAAUACUGGAUAGAUAUAAGGGACACAAGCGAGUGAAAUUUUGGAGUUUGUAUUUGCUGUUGUAAUUUUUGUGGUUACGUUAUUUUGACAUAUUUUUUUUUGUUUGUGUUUUGUUUUGUGCUCAGAUCUGUACAAUGUUGGCAGUAACAAUAUAGACAUUGUAAUUUAUAAAAACAGUUUACAUAUCUAACAGACAUCUUUGUGUUCAUACAUCCCUCAUUUGUACAUUAAACAGUUUUUAAUGUGGAUUUAUUAGGUUUUCUCUUGGUUUUCUUUCAAUUUGCUCUCAGUUUUCUUAUUUACUUUCUGCUUUAAAAAAAUUCUAAAUCUUUUUAACAAUGUGAGUGUGAUAAUAGAUUUUCUGUCUCUUAUUUUCCCAACAAAUGUUGAUAUAGAUUUUCCAGUCAAAUGGAUUGAACACUAAGCCAUUCUAGGUAGGUUUUUUCCAUAGGUGAGUAGAAUUAUUAGAUCAAGAGAUGACUGAUUAUUGAAAUCGUUUUGAAUUAUUGAGAUGUCAGUGUGUGCAGUAGGCUGUGGAAAAAUUCACUCCCAUCAUUAAACAUUUUCACUGUCAAUGUAAAACUGGCGUCAUCAUGAGAUAGAUGGUUUGGCUGUCAGUGUAAAAUUAGCCCAAUCAUUGGAUUCUUCCGUGUCAGGAGUUAAUUCCCUUUCAUUAGCAAUAUGGAUGUGAACAAUUGCCAAAAUUCUGUGCUUCCAUUCACCAUUUAUCAAAAUGUUUGGUUGUAGAUUGCUGUUAAGACAGGUUUCUUCAAUGUUUAUAUAUAUAUAUUCAUACAAUACUAGAACAGUCUGUGUCUGAAGAUUAAUCAGUAAGCUUUUAAAUUCCAGCAGAUAUUUUCAUAUAUAAGUUAUCUAAAAGCAUUACAUAUUGAAAUUGUGUGUUUUGAAAAACAACUUAAAUUCUUGCCAUUAUUUGUAUCAGAAUAACACCAUUAUUACAGUAAUAGGGUUUGUGAAUCAUACACUCCAGCAUACUUUAAUUAGCACAGUCUACUUCUUUUGUUAUCUAAUACAAUGAUGAAUUAGCACAUCCACAAUUUUUGCUGUAUGAAAAUGAAAAGAAAUUGUAAUAAGGGCAAUCCUAUUUGAUGUUUUCAGCAUGGAGGCACUAAAGUAAUAUCACUGUUAGAAUAUAUACAUAAGUAGUAACUGUAUCUACUAGCCACAGUAUUGUUAAUUCGGUAAAAUUGUGUUUUAUAAAUUUAAACUUUUGUAUUUGAAACAUUAUCAUUCCAUAUCAAGCAGGUAUUCUAGAUCAAGGCAUGUUAAAAAUCGGUAAUUCAAGCAUAUGUGGUGUUGAUUUUAAACUGCUAAAAAGUAAAAAGUGUUUUGUGUAUAAUGAAUUUCUAAUAUAGUAAUUGAAUAAAAGAGAUUGAUGUGAUCACAUGGCAAAAGCCUCAUUAAUUCAUGAAACUGUAAUUCAGAAAUUUAAAUCAUGGUUUAAUCAUUUACAAGGUAACCAGAAUAUAUAUAUGUAAAUAUGGUUGUUUCUGAAAAUACCAAUAAUUUUGAAUGAUAUGGAAUUUCACUGUUGAGUGCUACUGAUUUCUUCCAACUUGUUUUUUCAGUAGUGCCUGACAGUAACAACAAUCUCUUAUGGAUGUAGGGUUUAGUUCUUAGUCAUGUCAAUGCUUUACUGUUUCAUGCAUUCUAUAUUGGUCGAACAUUUUACUGUAAAAUUCUGUUUAAUCAGAAAACGUAUAAUUUAAAAAGUAAAAAAAAAUUAAAUCCAUGUAAAAAGUUUUGUUCAUGUCAUAUUAUAGAUCUUUCAGUCUGCAGACUUGUUGAUAUUAGGGAAUCUUGAUUUACCAUACAAACAUGGUUGUCUGUAAAUGCGAGUGGAAUGUGAAAACAUGAUAAGGGAUGUUUGCGUUGAAUGGAGAGUGAUAAUUGUGAUUUUGAUAGUUUCAGGGUAAAUGUUAAAACGUAUGUUAUUUGUACUGUGGAACUGUAACGUAAUAAAUUCUUUUAACUUGAAA